AUGGGCGUUUUAAAGCCCGACGAGGAUUCAAACUCAACAAGGAUAAUAAUCGAGGAUCCUCAUCCACAUUGUCCUUGGAAGUGCGAGCUUACAAAUGAGGCCGGUUACGUAGUCUAUUCGGCUUUAGGAUCUUUUUAUAUUCCCAUGUUUGUGAUGCUUUUCUUCUACUGGAGAAUCUACAGGGCAGCUGUAAGGACAACCAGAGCCAUUAACCAAGGGUUCAGGACGACCAAAGGCUCAAGAGGUUUGGGCAACAGGUUCGAUGAGCAGCGGCUCACCCUCCGGAUCCACCGCGGACGCGGUUCUUCCGGCAAACGCCAGUACGGCUCUCCGCACAGCAACGGCAGUAACAGUACUACCACCACAACGGGCAGCGCGUCCCCCAGCCCGUCGAACCGGGGGCGACACGAGCGCGUCAAAAUCAGCGUCAGCUAUCCGUCGAACGAGAAUUUGUCGCCGCACACCGUCCCGCAUCUGCUGGCCGUCACGCCCACCUCGCCCACCGGACAUCCCAGCUACGCCGUGCACUAUUCCGCCAACGGUAAGGAUAACACGGCCACGAGCUUGUGCAGGAGGGAGACGCACCUAAGAGUGCAUCGGUUCGGCUCUCAUAGGAGAUCGUCGUCGAGGAGGUCUAGCAGUUGUGAUAGUGCUGCAGGAGAUAGAGCGAUAAGCCCUAGCCCCAGCUCCUGCGAGGACGGAAAUCCUCCAAAAAUACUCAACCGCCGCAUGGGCAAGCGCAACAUUAAAGCCCAGGUGAAGCGUUUCCGCAUGGAGACCAAAGCCGCUAAAACGCUGGGCAUCAUAGUGGGCGGCUUCAUAUUCUGCUGGCUGCCGUUCUUCACCAUGUACCUAGUGCGCGCUUUCUGCGCGCACUGCAUACACCCUUUGGUGUUUUCCAUACUGUUUUGGCUGGGGUACUGUAACAGCGCCAUCAACCCGCUGAUAUACGCGCUGUUCAGUAAAGACUUCAGGUUCGCGUUCAAGCGGAUCAUUUGCAAGUGCUUCUGCAAGGGCGAGCACUCGCGGAGGGGGUCGGACGGGUCUCAGAUGGUGGGCAGGCAGUUCCGGUCGCCCAGCUACAACGUUCAGCCGGCGAAUAAUUCUCUGGGGGAGGAGAGCGACCCAGGGGGGGACCCGUCGGACUCGAGGUGACCUAAGAGGCCGGGCAAGCGGGGUAAGGCUCUCAUCGACAAACGGUCUGUGAUGAAGGUAGCGAUGUGCGUGUACGGCUGACAAAAACUGAACACUUGCACUUCAGUGUAAAAAUCUGUUUUUAGAAAAAUGCUUUGAACCCUGUUUCCCGUACAGAACUUUGUCACUAUACACAUCACAUCACAUUCAUGAUCCAUUGGAAGUUUCCAAGGACCAAAAAAAUCCACUUCCGGUUUAA